CCUAUUGUGAUGGAGUUUCAGUUAUGGAGUUUCUUCUGUUUUACACUGCACAGCUCCUACAUGAUGACCACCGCUGACCAAACAGUUUUCCGAUCUGAUCCACAAGCCAAGAACAUCUUUAUACGGCCUAAACGUGCCAAUAUGUUCUUUGUGGAGGAAAUUCUACAAGGCAAUUUGGAAAGAGAGUGUUAUGAGGAAAGAUGCAGCAAGGAGGAGGCCAGGGAGGUCUUUGAGGACAACCAGCAAACAGAAGCGUUUUGGACCGUAUACUAUGAUGGAGAUCAGUGUAAACCCAAUCCUUGUCAACAUGGUGGCACUUGUAAAGACCGUAUAGGAGGCUAUAGCUGCAACUGCACGGACAUGUACACAGGACAUAACUGUGAAAAUGAUGUUUCCCAAUGCCCUUCUGGAGGCCCUCUGGUUUGUGAACACUACUGCAGACCCUUAUAUAAAUCAUACCGAUGCUUCUGUGCAAGAGGCUACGACCUUCACAGCGAUGGCAGGAGCUGCAUACCACACGUUCAGGACCCAUGUGGGAAUGUCAGGGUCUUAUCUGCUGACUCUACCAGGAGGAAUAUGAAUCCAAAUGACACCAUCUGCCAGCAAGGAAAAUGUCCAUGGCAGGUGACCUUUGUGGAUGAUGGUGGUGAUGAAAUCUGCCAUGGUGUAAUCCUUGGAAGGAGGUCUAUACUUACUACAGCUGCAUGCAUGACAACAGACAAAGAACUUUCCUUGACCAUUGGACACUCAAAUGAAAAAAUAAAUGCUUCUCAAGUCGUCAAAAAGACUUUUCAUAAAAGGUAUUUGUCUGGCAAUCUUAAUGAUGACUUGGCAUUCUUGGAGCUCAAGGAGCCAAUUUCUUUAGAUUCAGGCACCAUCCAACUCUGCCUCCCGGAGAAGGAUUUCAGUGAAAACAUCUUGAUGAAAAGUGGUAAAGAGGGAGUGGUAGUGGGUAGCACCAACAAGCCUUCGUACCUCUCAUUGGACGCCUGCCAUUCCAAACUCAACCUGAGCUUCUCCUUUACCAAUAAGAUGUUUUGUAUGGAGGCACAAAAGCCUGAAGAUACUACACAGAGACCAUCAUACAAAAAGAAAGUGUGUGAUCUUACAUCUGGGUCUCCUGUGGCUACAGUGGAAGGAAAUACAGCUUUCCUGACUGGACUGUUCCUGUCCCAAAGUGACUGCAAUCAGGGACUCGUGUUUACCAAAAUUUCCAGAUAUCUACCGUGGAUCCGCAAACUCCUACGGAGCACCGAGACAACCCACACACACGACACAGUGGGGAAAGAGGUUUAGUCUCCAAAAUGCAACUGUUUUAAAGUGUAUGUAAUGCCUUAUUGUAAUGCUUUAAAAUGAAUAUAUAUUAUUAGCAACAACCAAAAUUAAUUAAUAAAGCAGGGGGGGAUAAUAUUAAUUUUAUUAUUAAGCAUAAAACUAUCGAUAAAUCAUGGCUUCCGGAUCCCAGAAGGCGGCAGCCUUGCCUCAGGGCUAAUCUCGCAUGACGUCACACGUGGAACGCCGGUUAUCUGGGUUGUUCAUCUGACUCCGUGCUUGUUUACUCGCUGAAAUUGGAUAUUGUUGUUGGAAUCUUACAACCCUGAUUCCAAAAAAGUU